CUACAAUUUCUUGCAAUCCGCCAGGUCUUCGACUAGGUACUUCCCAGUAGCACACUUGUAGGUCCCAGACGAACAACUUCACAGCCUAAGGUCCCAAGAUGCCCUCCACCACUCUGCAUGCCGAAUCUGCCCACCCCCUGAAGGACAUUGUGCCGCCGACCGUUCUCUCCCAAGCCACGAUUCAUCCCAAUGCCGAGGAAAUUGACCGCGAGGUUGUCACCUACCUCGUCGACACGUGGGAGUGGCCAUCAGAAAAGCAUAAGCAAGGCUUCAUCAGCUGGAAGCUGAGCGAGGUCGUCCUGUUCAUGUUCCCAACCGGCGAAACCAACCGGGUCAAGCUUGCCACCGAACUUCUUCUCCUGGGGUUCCUGAUGGAUGAUUGGUUCGACCACCACCCACUAGCCGAGAACUCGCUCGUGGUCUCACGCCUGCAGUCGCUCCUCUCCUCCUCCUCCUCCUCAUCACCACCGUCCCCGCUCUCAAACUCAAUCUCCCCCUUAACACUAACAACAACAAUCGACCGAAUGCACGCCUCCCUCUUCGCACGCAUCCUAGCCGUGCCCACGCCGCGAGACUCGUCGUCCCGCCGGGUGCUGGAGGCCUACAUGGCCAUGCUGGCGUGCCACUGCGAGGCUUCGCGCGGCACGGGCGCCGCGUCGGCCGCGCUGGGCGACUACCUCGCCUUCCGCGAGACCGACGUCGGCAUGCCCAUCUGCGCCGAGCUGCUGUACUGGACCGAGCCCGACCUGGACGCGGCGCUGGGGGGCGCCGCCGAGCGGGCGAUGCUGCGCCCGCUCGACAGGGUUGCGAAUUACCACGUCAGCAUUCUGAACGACGUGUUCUCGUUUGAGAGGGAGUGGAAGGCGGCUCAGGCGCUGGAGGACGGUGCAGUGCUGGUCAACGGCGUGGCGGUCCUGGCCAAGGAGGCGAACCUGUCGGUCCACGCGGCGCGGCAGCUGUGUCUUGGGCUUGUGAGGGCCUGGGAGGUGGAGUUCUUGAGUAUGGCGGAGGGGCUGCUCGGUUCAUAUGGUCUGGGUGGUCAGCAGGGCGAGGCGAGGAGUCUGAUGGAUAGAGCGAUCAAGGGGAUCGAGAGGAGGAUGACGGGCGCCGAGGCCUUUUCGUGGCGGACUUCGAGGUAUCUUUAG